AUCUGAGGCAGGAGUUGGGAGUGAGGACACGGCAGGCUCCAGAGGAGCCUCAGUCCUCUGACACAGAGAAGUCCGACAUGGUGGUCCAGACUGACCGCAUUGACUCUAACAAGCUGGCCGAGGAGUCAGCUCCCAGUACACCUAGGACACCAGCACAGACUGGUAAAGCUCUCCCUAUUGGUGCCAAUGGCAGCUCCACUCCACUCACUCCCACAGCUAGGAUAUCAGCACUCAAUAUAGUAGGAGAUCUACUACGUAAAGUAGGGGCCUUAGAAUCCAAAUUGGCAUCCUGUAGGAAUUAUGUGAAAGAUCAGCCUACCAAGGGUAACACACCAAAAGCAGGGUCAGCACCAAGCCCUGUUAAUACCCCAAGGUCUGGGCAAAGUGGAGGAAGAAAAAACAGUGUCUCCAGUGCCUCGCCGUCCUCUUCAGCAUCUAUUUUUGAUUUCGGGUUUCGCGGCUAUCAAAAAGGUGCCAGUUACAUACUUGAAAAACUUGGGAGAGGUGGAACGUAGGGAAACCUUGAGUAAGAAACUCAACCGAGGGUCCGCCACCCCGGCUCAGAGUGGUUUAGUCAAGAUCACAGUGUAGUUCAGCAGCAGAGAUCUGGGCACAGACGAGUCCCACACAGCCUUUCCCAGACUUUUGUGGAAAUCUUUCUGUGGGAUUCAUGCAUAGGUUUUUGCACAAGGAGGCGUGUCUUACUCAACUUUUCAUGUAGAUCGUACAACCAGUGUAUGUUGUGAAGCAUAUCUAACAGCUGUGAUGAUAACUUUCCUUGAAAGAAUGACCACAGAUCCUUCAGAUGUGUAUGGAAGUUUGGACAUUCGUGGAGUGAAAUUUGGAUAACAUAACGAGUUGAUGCCUUACAUGGGUCUUUGUUUAAAAAGUGCUACCCGUUGGGCUACCUGGCACUUAGGAGUGAAAAUGAUUUAAUUUGUGCAGGUUGUUAACAGCUGCUGAUUAAAUCUUGCAAACAUUCUUCACUCAAAUAUGGUAUGUACCUCAGGGUUAUAGAGUCAUCAGAGGAUAGCAUGGAUAUGAAAUAAAGAAAAAAAAAAGCUCCCUGUGCAAAACUUACCCCUUGUUUAACUAUUCCUCUUCAUUUUCAGUUUUUUUUGUUUUUUUUUUAAUCAUAUUGGUACACAUUUCAAUGCCCACACUGCUAUUGCUGCUUUGUAUAGAUUCGUUUCAUAAGGCCAGACUUCAGCUACUUGCGGCGGUCUGUCCCUGUCCCUGCUGCCUUAGGAAUCAUUGUGUUCUUCAACUCACAACUUGUUUUCUGUUUCAUUGUAUAUUUCACAUACACACACUGUAUCAUACCUCAUUUCAAGAUAUCCUUAUUUAUGAAUCGCUCUUUCAGAGCACGGUUCACAUUUUAUUACCUGUUUUAUUAUAUGUAACACAGGUUUCAGUGGGUAGAAUACAUCUAUAUACAUAAAUAUAACUUAGUUUAGGUGGUUUCUUAAGAGAUUGAUUGAGGUAAAUCUGAAUAUCAUUUGAUUGAUUUAGAUUUUUUAUUUGAUGAUUUAAAUUAAAUUAUUUUGACAAGCAUAUCCUCAUGAAAUUUGUUGACCUUGUCAAGUGUUCCUUAUAUAUCUAGUAUUUGGAUAAAACGAAACAUGGCUCUGGAAUGAAUAAUAAUAUUACACAGAAUAUAUAUUGGUAACGGUAUUCAUUUCAGUGGUUACCUGAACUUCUUUACCUUUUACAUGAUAUUGUAAUGAUAAAAACGCAAUUUCGAUUUGGAAGGUUUAAGAUAAGCUUUAUACAUUUGGGCAGUUUUUAAUUUUCUGACUGACCAACUAGGGGAUAUUGACCAGUAAGAAGUGGCAAAAAUAGAGCCUUAUUUCCAGUUUCUGAGAAUCCUAAUAGCCAAUGUCAGUUUUCUUCUGAAUGAAGACGAUAUAAAUGUCAGUCGUGUUUUGUUCUGGCCAGAAACUUUAUUGUGGAUAUUAUUAUCAUUAUUAUUUACUUUUGGCAUAGGAUAAACAUAGUAUGACGAUUGGAGUACGACGCCUAUCUCUCCCUACAAAAGUGUAUAUUCCUGUUAUUUAAUAAUACGUCAGCCUUUCAGAUGUAAUACAUAGAAUGAAUGUUAAAGCAGUGUUUUGCUCAAUUGUGCUGCUAUAUAUGAUUCGUUUUCUUUCGCUUUCAUUGAAAUUUUUAGAGGCGAUAUAUUUCUUGACUUCGGAUCUUUAAUGUAAAUUAUAACGUGGCCACAAUUAUACGUUUUAAAACUUGCCGAAAUGACAAAGUAAGAAUGUUAUCGGAAGAAAGAUUAAGUGUAAAGUAUACUUUUUAAAAAAUACAGACUUAACCGUUAACUUGUAGCUGAAACGGUUACUUUUUAAAUGCGACUUCAAACUACAUUAAUAAAUUUUUAGU